CACCUCUCUCAAUUUACUCUGCAACCGUUACACAUUGACUCUCCCCCUCUCUCUCUAACUCUCUCUCUUUCUCUCUCUAACUCUCUCGACAACCCACCAUCUCCACCGCACCAGGAGGACUUCUACUUUUCUCGUUCUAAAUCAACAAAUCAAUCUCAUAAUCAUCAUUCCUCCCCAAUCCUUUCCUCUUCAUAUUCUUCCUCUUCUUUUUUUCACAAUCAUUAUAAUUGAUAUAAUUCUCUGAGAUCAAGAGAGAGAAAGGAACCAUGUCCAGAAGAGAAACAAAGAAGAAGAAGAUGGCCUCUGUUGAGAGAGAGUGUCUUUCAUGGCAGGAGAAGAAGGCCAUUGCAGACAAAGAAGAAGAGAAUAUAGAGAAAGAAGUUGAAGAACUACAUACUUGGACGAGUUUGUUGGAAGGCAUGGAUGACGAGCAGCUGAAGGAUUAUUUGUCGAAACGCCCGGAAACCACACAAACUGUGAGAACAGGAAAGAUUGCACCAAGCAAGAGGGUGCAAAAGGCCCCGAAGUCGAAGCUAUCUUCUUCAUCGCAAUCAUCAUCACAAUCACAUGGAUUAAUGGCAACCAUUUGGAAGUUUCAUACAGAAGAUGAUGAACCUUUAGUUAGUUCGGGGGAUUGAGCACUUUUACAGGCAGGAAAUACAAAAUACAAUCUAAAAAAUGAGAUGAUAUCAGUUGUAUUUGGACAUGGA